UUCAAGGGUUUGGAAAAGGGACCAGUUAGGAUGACGUCAUGUCUACUCCGUUUCCCGUGUGACACCAAACAAAGCAACUUCUCACAGCAUCUGCUCCACAACAGAUCAACACACAUAAAAACCCCUUCCUUUUCCUUGGGAACAUGUUGUCAUGAGAUCCUCCAUUGUGACAGAGACCCCGGGCUUCUGAGCCUAGAACACCUGCAGGCCAGUUAGGCGGAGGAAACGCUGUGGACUCCCAACCCUUUUCCAUGGCAGAGAAGAACACCAGUCGGGGGCUGGCGUCUUCCAUCCACAGCGAAGAUCUGUUGAGCGACAUGGAGCUUCUGCCGGUCUCAGAACCCACCUCCCCUGCGCAUCAGAUGCCUCGUUCUCCAUCGGCCACCCCCUAUACCUCCAAAGUGACGGCCCAGCUCUAUGCCUCUCUGCACCAGAGCCGGCAGGCGGAGGCUCAGGCCCGCUCCCACCUGGAGAACCAGCGCAGCUUGUCUUUGGCCGAGGAAGCUAAGACCACUGACAUUGAUCUGGAGACUCUGGCUGAAGAACUGAGCCAUCGGCUUUCGACCGGUGUGGAGACCAGCUCGUACAGAAAGGGUGGUGGGGAUGCUGCCGUCGCUGAAUCCCGUCACAUCACAGAGAUGGAGAAUGUGCGCUGCCACUUACAGAGCAUGCUUCGGGGGACCAGGGACGCCGCUCAGGGGGACGCUGUGCCACUGGGGAACUUUGAGCGGAAAGAUGAUGAUUCCUUUGAGAGCGACAGCACAACCGCCCUGCUCAAUGCUCGGCCUCUGCAGGAGAUCUCUCCGCCCGGCUCCUUGAGAGGUCUGGAGGAGCUUUUCCCUCGCUACACCAGCCUGCGCCUGGGCCACGUCCGGGAGCAUCAUUCCUCGUACGUCGAUUCCCACCACCUGAAGGACUCUCUGGACAAAGAGCAGGCCCGGCGGAAGCACUGCGAACGGCACAUCCAGACCUUACAGCACCGCAUCCUGGAGCUUCAGCAGCAGCUGGCCGUUGCCGUCUCGGCCGAUGAGAAGAAAGAUGGCAUGAUAGAGCAGCUGGACAAGACUCUCGCCAAAGUGGUGGAAGGCUGGAACCGGCACGAGGCGGAGCGGACGGCGGUGCUGAGUCGGCUGCAGGCGGAGAAGGAAGCGGCAGAACAAGCCCUGGGGAGACAGCAGGAGAAAUCAUCAGAGCUGGACGAGCGGCUCAAACAGGCUCUGUCUGCCCUCAGCCGGGAGGAGCAAGCAGCCAGCCAGUACUGCAAAGAGAAAGGGGUGCUGGAGGAGGAGAAGGCCUCCCUCUCAUGCACUUUGGAGGCAGAACGCUCCCGUGUGCGCAACCUGGAAGCUGAGCGGGAUCUGGAGCGGCGCCAGCUGGAGGCUCUGAGGGCCACCUUGGAGGAGGAGCGCCAGGAUUGGGCCCGGCGAGAGAGGCAGCUGGAGCAACACUGCCGGGCUCUGGAGGAGGAGAGCCAUGCCCAGCUGGAGAAGGAGAAGGCCGCGGCCCAACGAGAAUCCCAGAAGGCGGCGGACGCCCAGCGUGCCCUGGCCUCGGUGCAGUCGGACGUGCAAGACCUCCGGGCGGAAUUGGAGGCCGUGCGCCGGGAGAGGGACAACCUGAAGAUGGAGUUGAAUUUGACUAAGGCACGUUACGAGGCACAGAAAGUGAAGCUGGAAUCGGAACUGAAAGUGGUGUUGGAGCAGAGGGUGACAGAACGGCUGGCAGAGGUUCACGAGGAAAGCCUGCGCCAGAUGAGUGUCAUGCGAGAGCAGCACAGGAAACAGCUGUUGGAACUCAGCAGCCACCAUGAGAAAGAGCUGGCUGGCCAGCUAGCCCAGUUCAAGUCGGACCUGGCCGAGAGGGAGGAGCGUCAGCGGCAUCUCAUUGAAGACUAUGAGCUCAGGCUCUCGAGACAUCAAGAAGAGGCGCGAGAACUGCAGAACCAGUAUCGGCGGCUGGAGGCCCAGCGGGCUGAGAUGGUGAGCCAGUUCCAGGCCAUGAUGCAGGCCCACUGGAAUGAGGCCUUGCGCCUCUUGGCCGGCAGCGGGGCCUCCUCCCAGAGCUCUACGAAAGCCCAGCUGCAGGAGGCUCCUUUUGACACAGACCCUGCCUCUUCUGACCCAGAAUCGUCGCAGCCGUCCGAGUCUGUGAAGACGAUCCAGAAGGUGGAUGCUCUGGAGAGCAGCCAGGCUGCUGGAGAUGGUGUGUCGCGGGCGUGGGCCCAGGCCAUCCCUCUCCAGCCUGUCACCCAGCGCAGCAAAUCUCAAGGGCCCUGCGAAGCCCCAGAGAAGUCGGUGCGCCAGGCUUACCAGCAGUUUUUACCCCUCCUCCCUGACCCGAGCCGCCCUUCCUCAGAUUUCAGCCACGUCCUGAACUACAGCCUUCUCAGCCAGCAGGGAUUCCAGCCACUCGAACCUCAGAUGGAUGCGACCGUCGUCGGUCCAGGUCUCCCGUUCCGCCCUGAGAACCUCGCCGAGCAUCCAUUCACGGAUGACACAGAUGAGACCCUGACGGAUGGGGCUGGGAAUGAGGCUGAGCUCUCCCACCACAAUAGCUCAGAAAGCAGUGGUCAGCUGACGCAGCAUGACAUAAAUUACUAUAUGCGCCUGCUUUGGGACCAUUCUGUAAAUGAAAGCGGUGCUGCUCAAAAGCAAGAAGGUUUUUCCGUGGUCAGCCCAACAGAUACCACAAACCAGACACAGUUUGGCACUUCCCUGUCUUAUCAUGAACGGUCCACAGCUCUUUGGGAAGCGUCACAGCCUUCCGCCAACACCAUCCGCAUCCAACCCAGCAGCAACACUGCGGUCCAGAAGAUGAAGGUCCCCUUGCCCAAAAGUGGGCCGAUCUGCUUGAACCAGGACACCAGCAGCCUCUCGACACAGAACCCUGUUCAGGAAGAAGGAAUCCUACCUCCAAAGCAGGUGGCUGAACUUUCGCGGCUACUGAAACAGUACCAGGCGAAGGGGAGGCCGGUGCCUUCGACCGAGGAACUGUACAAAUAUUUGCGGGAGAUGGGCCAUAGCAGGGUAGAAGCAAAAGGUGUAGGAAAUCUGCAAGUCCGGCGGAACCCUGAUCUUAAGAUGACGGAAGGUCUGAGAAAAGAGGUGGCUCCUGCCCGCCGGAUGGGCACUUCGGGGACUGGACGUGAGAAGCCCCAGCCCUCUGCCAAAGCUGGGAAGAAGCCGUCUGGAACGCCAGCCCCCAACCCUCGUUCCAGCCGGGGAGGAAGUGUGUGGAGAUGAUCCUGUUGAUGGGCUGCUUCCUCCAUCCCAUCCCUAGCCUCUUAAAAGUCUGUGCUGCCUGGGCCCCCGGCAGGGCAUCUGUAAGCCCUUCACUGGAUGAAAUCACCCUUCACUCCCUGAUUUGCUCUCCACCAUUGACUUCAACAUGAUGUAAAAAAAAGGUUGCCUUUAUAAGGAGUGCCAUUUUCUUACUUUUUUUUAUGCACUUGGUUUAAAUCCUCCAGUGCCAAUUUUUUAAAAAAAGAACUGCGGUCCCGUUUCAGGUGUCUCAACCAAUGUCAGAAGGGCCAGGGUCUCCUUAGCUCUUGGAGAAUUGGGUGGUUGUAGGUUUUUCGGGCUGUUUGGCCGUGUUUCAGAAAGCGGCUGAAACAGCCCGAAAAACCUACAACCACCAUCGGAUCCCAGCCGUGAAAGCCUUCGAGAAUACUCUUGGAGAAUUAUUUUGCAUCGGCCUUUCUGUGCCCCCCCCACCUUCCUCAAGUCGGCUGUGGCUGGUCCGUAGAGUGAAGGGAGCCCCCGGUUCCAAGGCAGGCUGCUGGCUGGCUGGGGAGCACAUAAGUGUACAGUGGUGGGGUGCCUCCCUCCCCUGUUCUACCUGAAACCUCUAUGCCUCUGAUACUCUGUAUCCUGACGUUUUGGAGUAUUCCAUUCUGGGUGUGCUGUUUUAGACACACCUGGCUUUGCUGUACAUGUUUGCUCUUUUUUGCACAGUUAAUUAUUUUUGUAUUGUGAUUAUUUUCUAAAUAAAAGACUGUUGGUUCUAA